AUGGUUGUAGAGUUUGUCGCACUAGAAAUUAUCAAUGGAGAGAUUGAGAUGAAAAUUGAUGAAUCAGAUGUGGAGGACGAAUUGGACUUUUGGAGCAAUGUUAUGAUUCUAUUCGCCCUAGGUGAUUCACUUUCUAUGAAUGCUGUUAAGAAAUUCAUGGAGAACUCAUGGAGCUUUGUCACGAUGUCGGAACUCUGUUAUAAUGAGAAGGGUUUCUUUAUUGUCAGGUUCAAAAGCGAGCAAGAUAGAGAGGAUGUUAUGUCACAGAUUCCAUACUUCGUCUAUGGGAAACUGGUGUUUAUCAGAAUAUGGAGCCCUGAUUUUGAGAUAAAAGACGACCUAUUGUGA